GAGGAUUAAGCAGACUGAAAGCAGAGUUAUCGGCAUUUAAUCGUCACAUUUCUAGCUGAGAAGCACUAUGGCAGCUCUAAAAUUGAAAACGUUCAGUAUGGAAGAGGCAUUAAACAUGGAGGAACACAGGACGGACUAUUACAACAGCAGCAAACUUAUUCUGAGGCGAGGACAGAAGUUUAGGAUAACACUUCACUUUAACAGGCCCAUUCAGAAAGGAGACCAGGUGCAACUGAUUGCUGCCACAGGACCAGCUCCUCUGGAGUCUGACAACACACUGGCUGUCUUUCAGCUCUCUGGCUCCACAAAUAAAACCUCCUGGACAGCUGUAAAAGACUCCAGCUCCACAGCUGAUGUGAAAGUCAUUGUCACCAGUCCUGCAGAUGCACCGAUUGGUUGUUACAAAAUGAGUCUAUGUAUCUCCUACAGAAAUAAGCAGCGCGAUUUCAGACUAAAGGAUGUCAUACUUCUAUUUAACCCCUGGGCUACAGAUGAUAAUGUCUUUAUGGAAGAUGAAAAUGAAAGGCUUGAAUAUGUUUUAAAUGACAAUGGUGUCAUUUUCUAUGGUCUCCUGGAUUCCAUCAAGCCAAUGGGAUGGAACUUUGGACAAUUCGAAGACGGCAUUCUGGACAUCUGCUUCCAGAUCUUAAAUAAAAGUUUAAGCUACGAGGAAGAUAAUGCCCUUGACUGUUCAAAGAGGGGUGAUCCUGGAUAUGUGGGAAGGGUACUCAGUGCAAUGAUAAACAGCUUUGAUGAUGAAGGAGUAUUGGAAGGAAACUGGUCUAACAAAAUGUCAGGUGGUGUUGAUCCUCAGGAUUGGAGCGGAAGUGUUGACAUCCUCAUCAAGUGGCGUAAAGGAGGAUAUAAACCAGUCAAAUACGGGCAGUGCUGGGUAUUUGCUGGAGUCAUGUGCACAGUUCUCCGAUGUUUGGGGAUUCCUACCAGAGUGGUCACAAAUUUUGCUUCAGCUCAUGACAAGGAUGCAAAUCUGAGCGUUGACAUGAUAUACAGCAGAACUGGAAAAUCACUGAGUAAAGACUCCAUGUGGAAUUAUCAUGCUUGGAAUGAGAGUUGGUUUAAAAGAAGGGACUUGGGUUCAAGCUAUGGCGGAUGGCAGGUGCUGGAUGCAACACCACAAGAAUUAAGUGGAGGCAUUCACUGUUGUGGCCCUGCCUCAGUCCAUGCCAUUAAAGAAGGAGAAAUCGAUCUUGAAUUUGAUGGCCCUUUUAUUUACUCUGAAGUUAAUGGAGACCGCAUCACCUGGGUUUACUAUGACAAGCAUGUAAAGGAGAAAGUGUUCACUGAUACAGAGUCAGUGGGCAAAAAUAUCAGCACCAAGGCUGUUGGGAGUGAUGAGCGGGUAGACAUAACCGACAGCUAUAAAUAUCCAGAAGAGUCUGCUAAAGAGCGGUCAGUCUACUUAAAGGCCCGAAAAAAGUUGCUGGAAAUGGGGAUUGGUAGCAACAACAGCCAUGGAAAGCGAGGCAUUGGAAAGAAACGGCGCAAAUACAGAAAUGGUGAAUCCCAGUCUGGGGACCCCGAUGAGGAGAAGGAGAAAUUCGAUAUUCAAGGGAAAUUUGAGCUGACUUCAUCCACAGCAUUUGGAGAAGAUAUAAAUUUAACGCUGAGCUUGAAAAAUUCCACCAAUAAAAAGCAAUCUGUCACCAUAAAGCUAAGCUCCUCUACCAUUGAAUACACUGGCAGGCCAGUGUCUGAAAUAUUUUCAGAUACAUCAUCUCUUAUUCUGCCUCCCAUGAAAGAAAAAGAAAUCCCUAUAAGCAUAUCUGCCUCAGACUACGAAGAGGAACUGACAAACCAUAAUCUUAUUGAAGUUGCUGCUCUGUGUGAAUUAAGAACUGGAAAAAAAAUGCUUGUUCGCAAAGUCAUCGUCAUCGAACAGCCUCCAUUGGGCAUCCAGGUGUACACGUAUGCAUCUGUAAAUAACCCCCUGGAAGUGGAAAUCACAUAUACUAAUCCUUUGUCUACGUUCCUAAAUGAUGGGGUAUUAAGCGUCGGGGGCAGUGGCCUGGUCAGGAAAAAGCUAAAGAAAAAAGUUCCAAAGUUGAAGCCCAAUGAAUCACGCCGAGUGGUGGUAGAAAUUACCCCGUACCGAAGUGGCGCGAAACAGCUCAUGGUGGAUUUUACUUCCAAACACUUUACAGCUAUUAAGGGAUUUCACAGUAUAGAGGUGGCAGAAGAGGAUGCAGAGGAAGAGGAGUCUAUGACAGGAGAAUGAGUGGUAGACAGUCACUCUGCAAGAUUUGUAUAUAGAAACUGGUAUCACAGUAUGUAUCAUUUUUAACAUUAGGUGACAAAAAUAUCUUAUUUUGGUGAGAUACUCAGUAUCAUCCCCUCCUGUAAGUAUGUAAGCUCUCACAGGCAGGUUCUACUUCCCUCUUGUGCUCCCUCUAGCCAGGGCCAGAUUAAUGGACACAUGGGUCUGGAGCUAAAAAUAUUCAAGGGCCUUCUGUGAGAAGUGGAGCAGUGACCAGUGCUAUGCAGGUGUGGCCAGAGCCAUGUGGGUGUGUACACCCCAUACACUAUAAGCUUCUUUCCCUAAGUACAUAAAAAUACAAAAAAUGGCAUAGUUUUUUGAGAAAACGAGAAAAACCAUUUUCAUACUUAUGAUUUAUGGCUGCAGUUUGGCCAGCUGGGUGGCUGGUCAUCAUCAUGCUGCCGUCAUGAUGGGCCUAUUUUUAUGUGGAUACCUGGAGCUUUAGCUCUAUCCGCCCCAUUGUUAGCACUAUCCUCGUCACCCUUAUUCCCCCCUCUUUUCUCCUCUUCCCGUCCAGUGAAUCUGACACUGUUUGCUUGUCCAUACAUUGGGUACAGAAUCACUGAGAAGUGAAUUUACUCCCCUUAUGAUUCCACACUGCUUGCACUUUCAAAUAAAGUUACAGUUACCCUCCUCUCGCCCACAUUGGGGUGUAUUCAAUUGUAGUCGUAACUGCUGUCUUGUCGGAAAGAUGUCAGUUUCCGACUUUUUUCCGACUUUUUUAGGUCAGAAACUGUUCCAACCUGUUCAAUAGCCCUCCCGUUUUUCCGACAGGUCGGCAAUUCUAACUUGUCGGAAAACAUAUGGGUCAGCGGAUUAGCCGCGGAUCCACGUGUUUUCGCAGCCAAAUCUGACAGGUUUUAGCCCCAUUUAAGACAAUGUCAAUCCGACUUUAAAAAAAAGUCGGAUUGACAUUGUCGAGAACGGCCAAAUCCUGUUGGAUUUGGCAGAGAAUUGCAUACUCAAAUGUCGGAUCCUUUCCGUCAGAAAGGAUCUGCCAUCAGUUGAAUAUACCCCAUUGUAUUACUAUAACCCAGCCUGUGAUGUUAUAGCAAUGUUUUGUAUUUAUGUUAUUUACUUAUGUAAUGGUGUGCUAUUUUAUUCUGUAUUUUACAAUGUUUUUAU